AUGGCACUUGCUUAUGCUCAGUGAUAAUCCUGUUUUGUGGUUUAGUUUUGCUUUGAUUGUUGUGAAAAUCUUUGUCAAUCCAUCAAUUUAAUUUAAUUAAUCUACUGUUAUUAAUUACGAAUAUUCUUAAUUGUGUCCAUCUUAUUGAACCAGUAUGGUUGUUCAAGCGAAAGAGAAGAAUGCUAAAUCUGUAAAACCUGUUGAAGUUGAAACUGAACCGGUGGAGAAAGAUGAAUCUGAGGCUGGCAGUGACUUAGCGGUUUUGGAAGAAAUUAAAGAACAUGCUAAAUGUAUCGAGAAAUUUGUCCUGAACAAGGAGCCUCGUUUUAUGUUAAGGGUUAUUCGGACUCUGGUUUCAACAAGAAAGAAGCUCAACUCAAGAGUUUUGAGAAAAUUGAUAAAUGGAUUUUACACGGCAUCAGGCGCACAAAAGGAUAGCCUUCUCUCCUUCAUUGAACAAGAGCCUAUGGAAGUUGAUUCAUCUACUCAAAUCGCCUUUAAAGGAAGAACUGGAAAAGCAGCUCAAUCGCCUCUUUUAAUCGAACUCGAUGUUUACUUUCAUUUGCUUCUGCUUCUUCACCUGAUCGACUCCAAUAGCCUCGAUAGUGCUGUCAAGUGCUCUGAUCUUCUAAUGGCAAAAAUUAGUUCCCAAAAUCGUAGAACACUUGAUUUAUUAGCAGCAAAAUGUACCUUCUAUCACUGUCGAGUUUAUGAGCUGACAAAUAAAUUUAAUUUUGUCAAAAGCUUACUCCAUAGUAGAUUGAGAACUGCUACUUUGAGAAAUGAUUAUGAAGGACAAGCUGUCUAUCUGAAUUGCUUACUCCGUCUUUAUCUCCACUAUAACUUAUACGAUCAAGCUGCAAAAUUGGUUUCUAAAUCUGUUUUUCCUGAAGUGGCCUCCAUCAACGAGUGGGCAAGAUUUCUAUAUUAUCUUGGCAGAAUCAAAGCAAUCCAAUUAGAUUACUCCGAGGCUCAUUCCAAUUUGGUUCAAGCUCUUCGAAAAUCCCCUCAACAAACAGCCGUCGGUUUCAAGCAAACAGUUCAAAAGCUAGCUAUAACUGUUGAACUUUUACUUGGAGAGAUCCCUGAUCGUUCCGUUUUUCGUCAGCAAAUCUUUCGACGAGCUCUUGCUCCUUACUUUCAACUUACACAAGCUGUGAGAACUGGUAACUUAGCUCGAUUCAAUGAAGUUCUGGAAAACUUUGGUCCUAAAUUCGAAGCUGACCAUACUUAUACUUUAAUUAUUCGUCUUCGUCACAAUGUCAUCAAAACUGGAGUCAGAAUGAUUAACCUGUCCUAUUCACGUAUAUCUUUAGCUGAUGUAGCUCAAAAACUUAUGCUCGACUGUCCUGAGGAUGCUGAAUAUAUAGUUGCUAAAGCUAUAAGAGAUGGAGUUAUUGAGGCAACCAUUGAUCACGAGAAAGGCUACAUGCAGUCAAAGGAAACAGUAGAUGUUUACUGCACAUCUGAGCCUCAAGCUGCUUUCCAUCAAAGAAUCACUUUCUGCCUAGAUAUUCACAAUCAAUCAGUUAAAGCGAUGAGAUUCCCUCCAAAGUCAUACAAUGCUGACCUGGAAUCUGCAGAAGAAAGAAAAGAACGAGAAAAACAAGAUUUGGAGUAUGCUAAAGAAAUGUCUGAAGCUGAUGAGGAUGAUGCUUUCUAAUUUUUCUAACUUGCAAUUUAUUAACUAAUGUAGUCUAACUGCUUGUAUAAGCAAAAGGUAUAACACUAAAUCAGUGGAAACAAAUAAAUAUGAUAUGGCUCCAAAAA